CAUCCUGCCUCAAACCCAACUCAAAGGUAUUUUCAUUUCUUCUAUAAGCCAUAAUGAAGAUUUCCAAAGUUUCUAUGGCUCUCGCUUGUCUCCUGGCCCUAGCCCUUGUCAUCCCCUCCCAUGCCCAAGACUCACCACAAGACUACCUCAACGCCCACAACGCUGCUCGUGCUAUCGUCAACGUGGGCCCCUUGUCUUGGGAUGAUACCGUUGCAGCCUAUGCGCAGAACUAUCUCAUCCAGCACAUUGGUGACUGCAACAUGGUGCACUCCGAUGGUCCUUAUGGUGAGAACCUUGGAUGGAGCAGUGCCGACUUAUCUGGCACGGAUGCUGUCGCGAUGUGGGUUAAUGAGAAGUUCGACUAUGACUACAAUUCCAAUAGUUGUGCCCCCAAUAAGGUUUGUGGACACUAUACUCAGGUUGUGUGGCAAAACUCAGUCCGCUUGGGGUGUGCUAAGGUGAGUUGCAACACUGGUGGGUGUUUGGUUAGUUGCAACUAUGAUCCCCCGGGCAACUACCUGGGCGAGAAGCCUUAUUAAUUAACUAUAUGUAAUUUGGAUUAGAGAGUGUCGAGGAAAUUAAUCUUUGUGGUAUGUAUAAGCUAUAUCCUUUGAUGGAUAUAAAUAGCACUACCAAAUGAAGUUAAUUACUGUAUUAGUAAUUUCUUUUUAUUAUAUGAAAGCUUAUAUUUGGACCGAGUUUUGAAGUGUUCAAGUUGUGGAUGAAUUAAAAAUGCUAGUCUUUC